GGUAGUACUCUUUUGUCUUUGGCUUAUCUUUCCAAUAUAAUUAACUGCAACGGAACUUUGAAUUUGUACCAAUACGUUGCUAUAGUGAAAUAAUUGUUUUCUUUUCCAAACGGAAGCUUUCGCGCCUAACGCUUGCAGUGACUUUAGUUUAAAGUAGGAUACCUCAGAAGAAUGAGGCCACAUUUUGAUAGGAACAAACGUUUUCAGAUGCAUAUAUCUAUCAUAUGAAAACUAAGGUAUUUACUGAGCUUAUAAAAUCAGCUACUUGCAACAGAAAGUGAAAGAAGAAAGGAGAUGCACCCCUGGAUAUUUUCCAAAAUGUGAUAAAAAUGACAGCCUAUAGAAGCAAUGCCUCACUCAAGAAAAAACUCUGCUCAGAGCUUGUAAGGAUCAUCAGCAGCUUAAAGAAGGAAAAUAUCCAGCUGAAGAAGACUCUAGCUGAGGUGUCCCAUCAUCACGCCGAACACAAUAAGCUUGUGAAGAAACUCCUCGCUCUUGAAACUCUGUGGCUCGAGAGUCGUCAGCAGCUUCCACCGAAAGGUGAAAAAACAACUUUGUCCUCAGAGGAUUCCCCAUCAUUCUCCAAUGAUGAAGCCAUCUCUCAUCUUCAGCAUAAGCUCAACGAUGCUUUGGAAAAGAACAAGCAGUGGCUGGAAUAUGACCAGCAGAGAGAGGCCUAUGUUAGGGCAAUUCUGGACAAAAUGUUAUGGCUGGAGAAGCAUCUGAAUGAAACCAAUCAGGCCCACUCAAAGCAGCACAAUGAGGAGCAUUCAGAUGCAGAGCCACAAAGAGAGAUUAAAGAACUCUUUGUAAACCAAUUGAAACAGGCUGAUGUCUGGCUGGAUAUGCUCAAAAAACAAGUUGAAGUGACUCAUCAGGAGCUGAUCAUUGCUGAAAAAAGGUUCAGAGCAAGAGAAGGAGAAUUAGAGGCUCUCAUCCACCAACUGAAGAGUGAAACAAUAAGCAAAGGAAGCCCACAAGAAGGAUGUCAUAACUCUGAGGAGGAAGAGCAACAGCAGAGGGAGGAGACCCAAGAACUCAAAGCCAGGCUGAAGGAGGAGAAACGAAGGUCUACAAAUUUUGAGCUGCAGGCAAGCCUCUAUCAGAGGUACAUGUUAAACUAUCACCAUGCAGACCAGGAAAAGAUUACAGACCUGGAAAGACAGCUCAAGAUUUCUUCACAAGACCUUGAGGAUGCAAAGCGGGACUCUUCAUAUUUAAAGAAGCAAAUGCUCAGAAUUCUGAAGAAGCUACAUAGAGCAGAAGGCCCUUCCCCAGAUCAGUCAAAGAGAGACCAGCAGGACCUGGGCUCAUGUGAAGAGGCGAUGCCACCCUCCUCGUCCCCCAGAGACAGCCUGGCGUCCUCUUCUCACACCAGCGUGCUGAAUGACAGCAUCCUGGAGUGUCCCACCUGCCAGAACGAGUACCCAGCCAGCGAGUACAGAGAGCUGCUGAAGCACCUGGAAAUCUGUCUGGAAUGAAUCUACCCAUGAAAGUUCAGUUCUGUUUCUUUGUUUAGAAGUCACAGCACAAGUUCAAUGCCUGUUAAUAAACUGCAGUUUUGCUAUAUGUUAUUUUAGAACCUCAGUUCUGAAAUGAUUUUAAAUUUAAUAGAUUUUUUUUGAAGCAUUGUUUUCAUUAAGAUAAAUUUACCUGAA